AUCCUAGAAAGCUUAAACGCGCGCACUCGCUGUGGAAGUAUGGGAGGGAUAAGGAUAGGCUCGUGCGCUGACACAGUCUAGCUUGGUUGUUGUGCCCGCGCAAUAACCCAGACAGUUUGGAUAAUACAAGGAAUACUUCAUCGGGAGCGUGCUUAAGUUUUGAGGGGAAUGGGACGGGGUGUGCUCUGCGACGGUGGGUAGUUCGGCGGUCGGAGAGGAUUGAAGUACAGUUUACGUGUUUCUCAGAGCACGCGGUAAAAGUUGUUGGGAAUUUCAGGAUUACAUAGGCUGACUGACUGGGGAGAAGGGCAAGGAAGAAGUCGAAGGUGUUCACCGCUGGCUGUUCGUUUGGGACGGGCAGCAGAAUGAGGACGGCGCCUCCGCCACACUGAGCAAGCGUGCUCCCGAGCAGUCAGCUGCCCCGGGUGGCCCUCGCUCUCCCGGUAUGUGGCGUGGGGGGCAGGGCCCUGGAUCUGGAAGGGGCGGUGGGAUCUUGUGGCGGUUUUCCUCUAUCCCCUCUUGGCUAGCUAUCGCCUCGUUGUUGAUGGUCAGGGUGAUGAGUGCUCAGAAGGCCAGUGUUGAUUUUAUUUCCUACAACUACCAACAGCAGCUACAACUUCGCUCUAGCAGCGCCGCCCCGGGCCCGGCCAGCGGCAUCAACGUGUAUAUGAGCGAGGAGGAGGUCCGCCGGCUGAUCGGUCUAGAUGCCGAACUGUACUACGUUCGAAAUGAUGUGGUAAAUCACUAUGCACUGUCAUUUAAUCUGCUAAUUCCAAGUGAAACCAACAGUUUGCAUUUUACCUGGCAUGCAAAAUCCAAGGUGGAAUAUAAGCUGGGAUUUCAGGUUGACAACCCUGCAGCUAUGGAUAUGCCAAUAGUAAAUAUCCCCUUAGAUGGAGAAAUACCACGCACUUUUUCAGUGUUCCAGGUGGAUCUCUCCUGCACAAAGCGAUUUGAUGCAGAGGUCUCUAUUACCAUGCAGCUUAACCUGACAGUUAACAACUCAAAAAAUAUCACAGUCCUUAAUUUCAAACGUCGGAAAAUGUGCUAUAAAAGGCUUAAUGAAGAUGUAAAGUCUCUCCCACACCCGGGCAAAAAUGGCAACAACUCCGUUUUUGACCUAGUGAAUGUGCCUCCUACUACCUCUACACGUGUGUUUUAUAUCAGCGUUGGGGUCUGUUGUGCUGUUAUAUUCCUUGUGGCAAUAAUACUGGCUGUUCUGCACCUGCACAGCAUGAAGAGGGUGGAGAUGGAUGACAGUGACAGUGACAGUGGCAGUUCACAAGGACUGUCACAGCCAUCUACGCAGACUACACAGUAUCUUCGAGCUGACACACCAAAUAAUGCCACACCUGUCACCAGGUCUGGCUCGGAGUGGACAAGUGCAAUGCAGGCUUCCCUAACUAGUGAUGAAAUAACUGCUAAUAAAGGUUAUCCAACUCUACGGAUCGAGAAGAAUGACCUGAAAAGUGUAACACUGCAGGAGGCAAAAGCCAAAGUAAAGGAUAUUGCAAUUUCCCGAGACAGAGUCACACUGAAGGAUGUUCUCCAGGAAGGUACCUUUGGCCGCAUUUUCCUUGGAAUUCUUAUAGAUGAAAAGGACCCCAGCAAAGAAAAGAAGGUUUUUGUGAAAACAGUCAAAGAUCAGGCAUCUGAAGUCCAAAUUACAAUGAUGCUGACUGAGAGCUGCAAACUGCGAGGGCUGCACCACAGGAACCUACUGCCCAUCAGCCAUGUCUGUAUAGAAGAAGGAGAAAAACCAAUGGUGCUUCUGCCUUUCAUGAAUUGGGGAAACUUGAAGCUGUUCCUUAGACAGUGCAAACUAGCAGAGGCCAACAAUCCACAGGCUAUUUCUCAGCAGGAUCUUGUGCACAUGGCUAUUCAGAUAGCUUGUGGGAUGAGCUACUUAGCCCGGAGAGAGGUCAUUCACAAAGACCUGGCUGCCAGAAACUGUGUCAUUGAUGAAGCGUUGCAAGUAAAGAUCACAGACAAUGCACUGUCCAGAGACCUUUUUCCUAUGGACUACCAUUGUUUGGGAGACAAUGAAAACAGACCUGUACGGUGGAUGGCCUUGGAGAGUUUGGUGAAUAAUGACUUUUCCAGUGCUGGGGAUGUGUGGGCAUUUGGAGUCACGUUGUGGGAGCUGAUGACCCUGGGACAGACUCCAUAUGUGGAUAUUGACCCUUUUGAGAUGGCAGCUUACCUGAAAGAUGGUUACAGAAUAGCACAACCAAUCAAUUGCCCAGAUGAAUUGUUUGCUGUGAUGGCCUGUUGUUGGGCAUUGGAUCCAGAAGAAAGGCCCAAGUUCCAGCAGCUGGUUCAAUGCCUGACAGAAUUCCAUGCAGCCUUAGGGGCAUAUGUUUGAAAUCUUGACUGUUAAACUCAACCCUAAACUUUUGUGGAGGCAUACUAUAGACUUUGCAUAUAAAGGGCAACUCCAGCGAAAGUGACAGGGAGGAAAAAAAGAAGACUGUGUCUUCAAAACAUUGUGCCUUAAACGCUUUUAUAGUCGACAUCUUUUUCCCUUUUGUAAAAAAUCUUGUUGCUGUUGUAUAUUUUAAAGCUAUUAUAUCAACGUUUGUAACUAAUAUUGCAGUGAAAAUGAAAGAGACUUCACAUGGUCCUGACGUCUGGGUGAGAUGUCUGAACCAACCCAGUUAUCAAAACUGACAGAAGGACGAAGGUGUGUUCACAUGGACUAUGACUUUAUUUUUGUGCAUCCACACACGAUAGCUUUUUUAAUAAUGAAAAGAAGAUUCUGUAGAUUAUGUAUUUUGGGUAGCAUUUUUAGUGUCUGAUAACUAUUUUUAUUGGAUAAAUGGUGUUAGGGAUACAGUUUGACUUGGUGGGGCAUUUGUCCUCUUAUCAGCAUUGCUCUGACAAACUGCUUAUAGCAGACCUUGAAACAGUACUGCAGUGUUCAUUGUUGCCGAGUCCAUUUGCCUUGCCAUUCAGAAAGAAAUUUUCUCCAUUCCAUUUACGAGUAUGGAUAUAUGAUGAUUGAGGGAAGGACAGCUUCCAGUUACCAGUCUAGGUGGGACAGCCUUUCACCUAGAUUACUGAAAAUAGAUGCAUCAAUCAAAAGAAAGCCUGAGAAUUAUAGAACAGUUAUUCAUUUUUUUUAUUUAUUUAUACACACGGAUCCCGUUUUUGAAGUGAUGAGACUUGUGUGAAUUUGUGUGGCUUUAUAGCUAAGCUUAACUGCACUUUUUCACAAAGUACUAUUCAGUAAUAAUGUAUCCUUGCUUUGCAUAUGUCUUUGUACUUAAAAUUCUGAUGACACUAAAAAGCACUAGUUACCUCUGGGUUCUCACAUCAUUUGCCUGCAUCACAUUGCAAUGAUACUAUAAGUGUAUGAAGAAAGUAUGAACAUUCAUUUGUCACUUGGUGAGUGCCUUUCAACCAAGGAUGCUUUGAGGCAUUUUUUCCCUGGAUAUGGCUGAAAAUACAUGACCUGCAGUGUCAACAGACAAUCUUAAAAAAAAAUAAGAUAUUUCAGAUACAGGACUUGUAAGAAUUUGUAGUUUUGUGUUGCUGAGGGGAAAUAGUUUGUGUACUUUUUUAUGUACAGCCUGACCCAAAAACAGGCUUUAAAACAAUGAGUACUGCUUAUACUGAUUAUUUUUAAAUAAUGAAGCCAGAUGGAAGAGACUUGUACUAUUUAAAUCUCUUGUAUAUAUAAAAUACUCCAUUAAGAGAAAUUA